AUGUCUUGCCUCAGCCCGUCGGCGUCUCGGCAGCAGCAGCAGCAGUCGGAGUCAUUGCCGCAGGUCCGGUCGCAAGCGGAGGAGGAAUGUUCGGCUGUGUUUUCGCGCAUACCCGACGAUCUGCUCGCCCACAUCCUGCUACUCGUCGCAUCCAACGGCACCAAUCUCAGAUCUGAUCUCGCAACAUCAGGUCAUGAUCAUGCUCGUAUGCCCGUUCCCACUCUGCCCGCAUCCAUCAGCGGCUUGCAGCAGCUGACGCGGCUCAGCAUGACUCUGCCGCACGAAGUCACCGAGUUACCACCGGAGUUCGGCAGCUUGCAGUCUCUCAGGAGCCUAAGGAUCGUCACGCCGUCACUCACCACGCUUCCUGGCACUUUCGGGGGGCUCACGUCCUUAGAAGAGCUCGAACUUGAGAAUUUGGUAGUGGAUCGUCUACCCAGCGGCCUAUGGCAGUUGACAGCAGUGAGGAAGUUGGUCUUUAGGAUGAUGGAAGAGCUGCUUGCGUUGCCCGCCUCUCUUUCUCAACUUUCACUCCUCACUCACCUCCAGAUUCACUGCUGCGGCGAGUUCUGCCGCCUGCCCGAAAGUUUUGGGCAGCUGCAGCAAUUGAGGGUACUCCAGCUGUUUUCGGUGGGCGGGCUUCGUGAGCUUCCAGAAUCUUUGGGCGAUCUGCCCGAACUGACCGACUUGGAGAUUCGUAACUGCCGGUUUCUAACCAUGCUGCCCAGGUCAUUACCUUCCAUCGCCACCCUCCAACGGCUCAUCAUCCACGACUGUGGAGAAUUUUCCUCGUUGCCCGAGAACAUCGGGCAGCUUCUAAAUAUUGAGGAACUGGAUCUUGAGUCUCUUGAUAUAACUGCCAUUCCUAACAGCCUGGGGCGCCUUACCUCGCUGCAGAAGCUGAGGCUGUGGGACUGCUCGAGGCUCCUGCGCCUCCCACGGUCCGUAUCAUCCAUGCUCUCACUCACCACCGUCCGCUUGGAUGGGUGCGUUGUGGACCAACUCCCAGAGGAUUUCGGGCUGCUUCCGAAUCUUCGUUUUCUGGAGCUGUCCCGCCUUGAGAUACUUCAUUCGUUGUCCAGAUCCUUCGGGCAGCUGAAAUUGUUGAAGGAAUUCAACGUGACACGCUGCUCGGCACUCACUCUCGCUUCAGGUUCCACAUUCGAUCUCUCUUCGCUUGAGACUCUACUCGUUCGAGGCCAUACACCAAUCGGAUCGUUCCCUUCCAGCUUCGGGCAGCUGCCAAACCUCCGCGACCUUGAUCUCAGUGCCGGCUGCGAAUUUGAUAUUCUGCCCGACGCGGUCGCCAGCCUGCCCAAGCUGGAGGUGCUGAAACUGAACAGAGGCAACUGCUUCGGACGAGGCCUUCAGCACGUGCCCAGAGACUUUGCUCAGCUGUCUCCCGCCCUUCGCAUCCUGGAGCUAGACGGACUCAGGCAGCUUGACUUCAUCCCUGCGUCCCUGACGCUUCUCACCCGCCUGGAGCGUCUGAGCAUUGCAGACUGUGAGCAGCUGCAGGGGGUACCACAGGGCUUGGGCAACCUGGCUAGUCUCACGGAGCUACAGAUGAGUUCCUGCCCCAGGCUCCACCUGUUCCCAUCGCUUCUCCCUGCUCCGUCGUCUCUUGCACCGCUUCCCAGUGCUGCAGCUUCCCUCACUGCUGUUCUCACCUCCUCAGCUGCUCCUGCUCCUGCUGCUCCCUCCACAGCACCCAUCACCACCACACUGGAUACCUCUGCCCUUACCUCCGUCUGCUCUUCUCACACUCUCCCUGCGCGCAAUCGCUCUUCCCACUCAAAAAUGCAUCCGCCCCUCCCGUCCCUCCUCCGCCUGUCCAUCCGCGACUGCCCGUUGCUCAUCGCCCUCCCCAGCGACCUCCAUCAGCUGCCACGUGUCAAGUCAUUCCACCUUGAGAACUGCCUGAAUCUAAAACCCAUGCUCCCUGCUGCAUUGUCCUCCGCCCGUGCUGAUUCUUCCACUGCUGCACCUGCUGCAGACCCAAGCUCAGCAGCACCACCGCUAUCCUUCCCCGCGUCCCUCACCAGUCUCACCAUCUCACGAGCCUUCCACCCGGCCACGUGCCUUCCACGCUCCCUCCUCACCCUCUCGCACCUUCACACCCUCGCAGUGACUCACCUGCCCUCGCUGCAACAGCUAACCUUACCCACGGAAGGCGGUGUCAGCAGCCUAUUGAGCCUCCACACACUGGUUCUUUACAGAUGCGAUGCCUUGUCAUCCUUGCCUGCUUCCCUUCCCUCCCUGCCAAGUCUCUCCCGGCUCAUCGUCCAAAUGUGCCCGCGCCUCCUGCACCUGCCUGAGAAUCUCGGGCAGUUGAAAUCUUUGGAGGAGCUGGCCGUGGUACACUGUGAGGGUAUGGGAGAAAUCCCCUCUUCCCUCACUCUGCUCACCUCCCUGAACCAACUGAGCUUUGUAGGCUGCCCUAAAGUAUCCUCCCUCCCAGAUCAUGUCUCCUCCCUCUCCUGCCUCAACUCCCUCCGUCUCAGCCGUCUGCCUUCUCUCCUGCACCUCCCCUCCUCCCUCGCUCUCCUCCGCUCCCUCCGCUACCUCUACCUGGAAGGCUGCUCCAAUCUGAAGGCGCUACCUGAGGGCUUGGGCAGGGAGGGUGCACUCUGGAGAGUUGAUCUGGAUAAAUGUUCGAGCUUACAGAGCCUGCCGGUGGCCCUGCGCACUGGCAAGGUGGUUGUUAGUGGGCCAUGGGGGGCAGACUGCAUACAGGCUGCUAGAGAUUACUAA